AUAUGCUAUUUGUAUAACAAAUUACGUAUAUAACCCAAGAUAUGGUAUUUUUCCUGUCAUAAAAAUGAUUUACAGACAAAAAGUCCAUUUGUUUUGACUCAUUUGCCGCCAUUUGUAAACUCCGCAAUCGUGACGUCACUGUAUUAGUAUCCCUUUCAACAUGUGGUACGAAAAUAGAAUAGUAUUUCCCAAAAGAAUGUAGUAUUGUCGUGUUAGUCUCGGAGAGCAUGAUCAAAUGUACUGCCAGGUAGUAGAACUCAAAAAAUAAAAUGGACAGGUAGAGGCAACACUUGAAAAGAAAAGAAAGUUCCAAAAUGAAAUCCAACACCAUGUUUCGAGACCAGGUGAAUUCUCUGAACAGUUGGUUUGAGAAAUGGAAUGGAUGUGAGAAGACAGUGGUUGUGUAUGGACUUCUAAAACACCUCAAUGCCACACAAAUCAAGUUCUUGGCACAAGUGUUGCAACAGAAGGAUUGCUCAGAAGCAGAGGGGCUAGAGGCUGAAGCUAAUAACCCAGCAUACAUUCAUCAACUAAGAGCAGAACCACAGGAGAUUGUUGUUCAAAAACUGUUAGCCCACUUUCCUCUUUUGAAAGUGGGCAAUGUCAAAGCCAAAACAGAGUAUUUAGCUCUUAUUCCUCUAAUACUGACUUACUCAAAUGAAAAAGGUGCUUAUGUGGAAGAGAGUCGGCAGUUGCUGUCCUUUUCUGUCAUCCACCCUGCCCUAACCAGUGAGGAACACGCCCACUUCAAUUGGUGGAUAUCUCAUCUCAAUGAACGAUUCACUUCCAGUUACCCCUCUCAUCCUCAGCAUCAUCCAUACAUCACAAACCCCAAAGGGGAUCAUAACGACUUCACCCAGUGCAUCCCAAGGCAGGUGGGGAAUGGCCGCUUGAACGGUUCAAACUCUUACUACAGAGACUCGGGUCUCGUGGAGGACACUCCCCAAAACAACUUGAUGUUGUCCACGGAGAACCUGUCCAACCUCUUCGCCAACCAGAGCUCCAUUAGCUCCGCCCAUAACCAUCCGAACGUCCACCUUCCAUUGAAAGCCACGCUGUCUGCCCCUGCCACGGUUAAUGUGAUUGUUUCUUCAUCUCAGCACGUCCACACACAGAACAAUCAAGAAAAUGUGAACCCAGUGAAAAACCACCCACAACUCUGUCGUAAACCCUCGUUACACCCCCAGCAUGGCUACUCCAUGAAUUCCAUGAACAACGUCAGUGAUUGGCUGAGCAGGAGUGAAAGUGAAGUGCCUUAUAACCGUGGACGCUCCCAUUCUCUGACCUUUGAGCAGGGGCAGGGAGGGCACCCCCCUCUCUCCCCCCAGAGCAGUAUUACCUCGUCUGGGAGCAGUGAUACUCACCAGGACAUGGAACCAUUGAGAAACACAUUUCUGGAGGAGGGAAGUGGGAUGAGAGAUGUACCAACAUGGUUGAAAAGUUUGAGGCUCCACAAGUAUGCCUACCUGUUCCAGCAGAUGACGUACGAGGAAAUGUUGUCAGUCUCAGAAGAAUGGCUAGAAACACAGAAUGUGACUAAAGGUGCUCGCCACAAGAUCACUUUAAGUCUUAGUAAAUUAAAGGAGAGGCAAGAUUUACUUAGGUCCAUGGAAAAGGAUAUUGUUGAAGGGGGCUCAACCUCCACCAUCAAGUCUGUCCUCUCGGAAAUGAAGAGCAUGCUAAACACCCCAAUAAAGGCCUUCUCUGCUGAAGACUCCUCCCAGCUUCCCUCCUCCCCACCACCAUCCCCUGUCUCUGAGGAUGGGUACUCAAUCCCCGAGGGAGACGUCCCAGGCCAGUUCACCAGGGUCAUGUGGAAAGCUUGUACCCAGUUACUUGUAACAACACCUGCUGAUGAUGAGUGCUUUAACCUGUUCAUCCAAGUCAUUGACAAAUGCUUAAACCAUGAGGCUUUUGCACCCCGUCAGAAGAAGAGGUUGGCUUCAUGGAAACAUGAGGCACAAAGAAACUGGCAACCUAAGAGCGCCUUAGACCGACGAAGACAAGGGUUUCCAGGAAAACAAUACUGGAGCAAUACAAUGGGAAUGCAGAGACCUCUACGUCUGCAGAAACCUGGGCCACAAUGGAGCUUUGGGACAAAGCGAUCUAUUGUGGGAGGGACCACAAGUGGACAUGCCCCCCUGACCAGGAAUAGUUCCCUCAACCCAUCAUUAUUCUCACGUCAAGAACCUCUACAGACUCAAAAACCACCGGUGACCAGAACUCAGUCCGCACCAUUGCGAGCGCAACACUCAAACCACUUCAGUUUGAAUGUUACAGGUUGUGAGCAGACAGCGGGUGAUAAUAUGGAGAACUAUGCUCAGCUGGACUCCUUGUGUCUGAGUGUGACGGAGCAUGCACUGGGCAGCAGUCUAGAAACAAAUGAGAAGGGGACAACAUACUAGAGAAACUGUUCUUUAUUUAUAUGGAGCCAUCAAUUUUUUUUUUUUUUUUAAAGCAUGUGAAUUUCACAGGAUGUAAAUUUCAUUAGACAGUAUGUAGCAGCAGCAGCGAUUCAUGCUGUAUGCUUCAUACUGUGUAUUUAUUCAUUGGUGUUCCUUGACUACCAGAAGUAUUAUUUAUUAUUGAUAAUGAAUUAUUCCAUUAUUACACCAUGCCUUUCCUUGUCUAUUGCCAGGGUGUACAUGUGUCUAAAAUUGUACAACUUGAAAUAAUACAUUAAUAACCAAUUUUUUUCCUCUUUGCAUAUUUAUACACAUUAGAUCAAUGUCAAUUUUUGAAUUAGGUGUAUGACAUUAUUUCUGGUAAUUUUUUGUAUCAUAAAAAAUUCAUAUGUCAAAAGGUUCAAGAAACCAUAAAAAUCAGAUGAUGAAAUCAAAUUUUAUUAAUGGCUACCAUGUUAACUCCAAGAUGUCUUUUAUAAAAUGGUUUAAAAGAAAGUCACAGUUGUUUGUUAGAUUUUUUCAGUGUUGAUGUUGACAAAGUGUGCUAUUGUCUAUUUUUAAAAAAAAGUGUUCUAUUAUAAAAAACCAGAUGCUUUGUAAGAAAUCCAAGAAUUAAUUGUUUUUAUUAUAUGUAUGGUUAUUGAGUUUGUUGAUAUGUACAUAUACAUGUAUAUAUAUAUUUAUAUAUAUAUACCGGUACAUGUGAGUUUUAAGGAAUUUUGGCAAAAGAUUUUAAGGGAAAAUCUUGUUGAGAUACUAGUAUAUAAAAUAUGAAUUGUUUCUUGCAUAUGUCGAGUCUGAAUUCCAAGAUUUUUAUAUAUAUUACAGAAGGCCAAAUUUCUGCAUGAAUACCCCCCCCCCCCCCCCCCCAAGCAAUUUAUGGAUACAUAUGGUAGAAGCAAGAAAAAAACUCUAAAUUGUUGAUUUUAUUGGAGUAAUUGGUAUUUUUAUGCACCAUGUAAAAUGUGACAAAAAUGAAACAUGCAUGUACUUUUUCUUUACAUGUAUUGUCAUUGUUUUUUGUGUCCAGUUUAACCAUUAAAGACUCUCAUCCUGCUAUAUCUCUUUAAAAAUGGGACCAAGUUCAUGUACAUGUACUUUUGUUCAGAGUAAAUUCAAUGCAGAUUUUUUUCUUACGUGAUUGGAUGUUAUAGAUAAUUUCUAUUUAUAGAUGAUCGUAAGAUUGGUAGAAUAUCGACCUCCGUUGCAAGUGAUGCAUAGAGUAAUGGUGAAUUAAUAUUUGCACUGUAUAUAGAUGCAUAUUCCUGUUGCUGAAGAGAACAAGGUUUUCUAAAUAGAACUUUUUAAAACAUGUUUUUUCUUAAAGAUUACUGCUGGUACAGUGAUUAAAUUGUAAAACAUGUAUAUGUGUAAAUUGAUCAAAAAACUAUAUAUUUGCAUGCUUUGUAUACACUGCAUAAAUUAAUUAUUAGGGUCACUCAUUACUCUCAUUUUUAACAAAAUAUUACUGAAACUUUAUACACCUUUGAUUUAAUACCAGGAUCAUGUUGGAAGGCAAGGAGUGUGAUAUCUCAGUCUUAAUCUUUUUAUCCCCCUAGGGCUAUGGCAAGGUCCAUACUGAGACAGAGAGAGAGUUGGUAUGGGGGGAGGGGGGGGGGCAGUAUGGUUGUAGUAGGCAAAUCAGAAUCUUGUUAUCUCCUUUGUGGGUGGCUAGGUUCUGAUCUAAAGGGAGUUUUCAGUGUUUUCCUUCAGGGGGUGGGGGAUACAAGUGACUCAGAAUCUUGGUUUGCGGAGGGGGAAGGUCCCAGUUGGGUUUUUGUGGAACUUGAAAUUUUGUUUUCUAUAUUGUGGACAGCAAGUUCCUCUCAGGUCCAAAGUUAGAGAGAUUAUGGAUGUAGUAUGGAAGUAAGGAAAUCAGAAUCCAGUUGUUAUCUCCUUUGUGGGCGGCUAGGUCCUGAUUCAAAGUAUGUUUUAUUUGUGUGUGUGUUGGGGGGGGGGGUGUUGAAUAUUAAUAACUCAAAAUCUUGUUAUCACCUCUGGAUGGCUAGGAUCUGAUAGAUAAUGAGUUUGGGAGUAUGGGUGUAAAUUAGCAACAUGCAAUCUUGGAAGGGAGUUGGGGGGGGGGGGGGGGGGGGGGGAGGGGGUGGUGUCAAGGUCCCAGGUGAGAGUGUUUGUGGAACUUGAAAUUUUGUUCUCAUUUUUGUUGUAUUUAAGAAAAUCAGAAUCUUGUUGUUAUCUCCUGUGUGGGCGGCAAGGUUCUGAUCUAAGGAAAGAAAGUUUUUUUUUUGGGGGGGGGGGGGGGUAUAAUUGAUUCAGAAUCUUGGUUGGGGGAGGGGGAAGGCCCCAGCUGAGAGUUUUAGUGGGACCUUCAGGAAUUUUGUUGUCUAUUUUGCCAACAGCAAGUUCCACUCUGGUUUAAAGCAAGAGAGGGUACGAGUAUAGUAUAGAUGUAAGGAAAUCAGGAUCUUGUCAUUACACGUAUCUCCUUUGUGAGUGGCAAGAUUAUGAGUUCGAAAGAGUUUGGUUGGGGGUGAGGGAAAUUAAUGACUCACAAUUUUGUUUUUAUCUCCCUUGGCGACAAAGUUCUGAGUUGAAGGUCUGGAUGCCAAGGUCUCGUAUUUAUAUACAUGUAACUGUUGUUUUUAAGUAAGCAAAGUUCUGCAUGGUUGAGAUUUUACGGGUUGGUGGGAUUUUUGGGACUCGAAGCCCCGAUCUUACUUUUAACUUCUUGGGUAGUAUUUUGUUAGAAUUGAGAGUAGUUUGUGAUCAAGUGAUUUCAAAACUAUAAUACAGCUUUAGAAGUUUGUUUUUAAAACUAGUCAAUUAUAAUCAUCAUGUUGUAUUCAACUUAAAGCCUUUUAGGUAUAAAUUUUUGUUUUACCUGCAUUAAUUCUUUUUUCUCAUUUUUGACUCAGUGCUAAGAGUUUGUUCAGUCAUCGGUACUUUACAAUGCAGAAAGUAAUUAUAACAAGUCAAACUAAUAUGCAUAUCUGAAAAUUAAUAACUAUUUCAAUUUCAUUCUUUUUAUGAGAGGGUUUUCGAAAAUAGUAAAAAUAUUCUAAAAUGAACGCAAAAUACAAUGAGAGAAAAUUAAACCAUGAGCUCAAAUUUUUGUGUACCAUACUAGAUAUUUUAUAAAUUGUACAUGUAUUGAAAUUCAAUGCUUGAUAAAGAGAUCAGAUGAUGAUAUUUAUUCUACUGACUGUAUUACAGCAAAUGUGGAAGUUUACAUUUAUAUUGAGCUCAUUGGAAUGUGUUAAAUCUUAGUUUUGAAGGGGAUGCAAUAAAGCUUUGGUAUCCUUUAAUUGCAUGACACCCCCCCCCCCCCCUUUUUUUUUAUGAAUGUUCUUAAUAUUGUGAAAAUUUCUGGUAUGAACAUGUAAACUAGUACAUGUACUGUUAUUAAUAUUAUCUUAUGUUAUAUAAUUAUUCUUUUACUACUAUCGGAACUAUUUUGAUUUGCGUAAAUUUAAUACUUGUAUCUAGAAUCUCAUUUGUUUCUAUGGUAAAAGAAAAUUUUGCACUCUGAAGAUAUUAGAUUAAGAAAAUAAUCAACAGUUGCAUAAAAUGUCAUGUGAUCCAUGUUCACAUACACAAAAAAAGUCAAGUGAAUUGAGAAGAGACAAAUACAUGUACAUGUAGAUUUCUUCAAUAUACAGCAGUUCAGCUGUGCUUUUGUAUAACGAGUGGAAACCGGUUAUUUAAAAUGCUGUCGAUAAUUUUAUACUUCAAGUUGUGACAACAAGUCUAUCAAAUGCACAAUCAUGAUAUCUGUUGUAACUUUAUACUGAAACUGCUGGACAUGUGAAUUUAUUUGCUACUUUGUCAUGUAAAUCUUAACAGUAGCCUUGUAUCAGUUUUGGCAAAGAGUCAAAGAUUUGCAUGUUAGAAAAUUUUAGUCGUAAAUUCUCCCUGUAUGAUUUAUUUUGAAUGUGUUUACUCUUCCAUUAUGCCAAAUUAUGUGGAAAAAUUAUGAGCCAAUGUGUGUUUCUUUUAUUAUUCACUGUUAAUGAAGAAUGAAUUAUGAUAGGUUUGAUUGUUUUUUAAUUUUAUAACGAAAUCUCAUCUGCACUAGUGUUCCUUACAAAGGGUAUAGAGAUUUUCAGAUUGUCAAAUUUUGAAAAUAAUCUUGACUGUGCCAUUGAUUUUUAUUUUGUUUUCAAUUGACAGGUUAAUUAUUGUAUGAAAAAAUUGCGUGCUCUUUUUUUUUUGUUGGCUCUUAGGAGUGGAAGUUGAAUGUUUGUUAGUGUUUUGACCGUUACCAAUUCAUAACAAUUUGUCUUGUCUAUACAAACCCUCAAACGUAACAGUACAUAAAACCUUGAAAUUAAAACUUUUGUAUUUAUGGAUCAACAUCUUAGGAAUUUCCACAGCA